GAAUGUCUUCGAUAGAUUUUGACCCUGCGAUAAAGUUGUGUUUAAAAUAUUUGCAUUCAAGUGCAUCUGAUUCCACUGAACAACUGCGGUUGACUUUAGAUGACCAUAUUCGUCAAACGUAUGGAAGUUCCAAAACCCUCGGCAACGUUUUACCGAAGAAAUACUUGAAUGAAGAAAAAUUAGAAUCACCAAGAUCCAAGCACAAGACAGAAAAGUCAUCGUCUACCAAAACUGUGGCACUGCCUCAACAAAGUCCACAGCAAAUACAAAUACCUGAGCGUGAAAAUGAUGACGGAUCUGUUAUGGAUGGAGAAUUAUCUCUGGAUCUAUUAGAAGAAGAUUUGACUUGUGCUGUAUGCAGGCAAAUUUCAGUUCAAGCCGGCAAUCGCUUGGUGGAAUGUGAUGUAUGCUGCGCGCUCUACCAUCAGGAUUGCCACAAACCAGUAAUUAGUGACAAUGAUAUAGCAGCAGGAUGGCAGUGUGCAUCCUGUUUAGCAUCACAAGGGAUUACUGGGAAUUACAUCAAGGCAACACCCAAAUCUCCUUCUAACAUAUCUGGUUCUUCGACUCCAGUUAAAAUAUCCUCAAGCAGUUCUUCUUCAUCAUCUCCUUCAAAAGUGGUGACUCCUAACAUCAACAUUAUAUCUGCAGAUAAGAGGCUGCAGAUUAUGAAGAAGAAGGCUGCUAAACAGCAUGAGAAGAAGAAAUCUAAAUGAUAAUAACUCUUUGUUUCUUAUGAAACAAAGUAAAUAGCAGAUGGCACAAAUAUGUUAAGGAAUGAAUACUGAAUGAAUAACAGUAUAUUUUUUAAAUAUAUCUCCUAUGCAUCUUAAAAUCUUUCCUAAUAUAUGUACAUGUAGCUCAUUAAAUAAGUAAGAAGCUUCGCUAUUAUUCACUAUUUAAUGUUUAUAUCUCAAAUAACUGUAUAUAUCAAUAUACUGUAUUAAAAAUAAAGAUGAUGAAUUAGGUA